GUUCCAUCUCUGACGACAUUCUCAACGACACCGAACCAAACGAAAGAAUGUAUAUCAAGAAGCCCAGCGUUCCUAUAUUGCACGCCUAUCUGGCUUGCCCACUCACGGCAGCGCAGCUCGACCGCGUUCAUACCGAGUUCGAAUUCGGUUCCUUUGCCCGAUUCGCUCCCACGCACCAUCUUCAUAUCCACAACGAGCCUCGGUAUCACGGAUUGUGCCACGCCGAUAUCCGUAGGGACUUGGACGAACAGGGCAUCACGGAUAAUGUUCUCAUUCUGGAUGAAAAGGUCGAAACCGAGGGCGCUGCCUGGAUCGUCGAGAGGCUCGUCUCGCAGGACGAUGUCGACAAUGGACAGGCCGUCAGCAUCCGAGACGUUUGGGAGAUCUUGACCCGGAUCGAUCAGGUUUCGAUCGUCGAAGUCAACUAUCAUAUCGCCAACAUGUCCAUUCAGGAGGAUCUGGGCAACUGUGGGUUGAAAUGGCCUUACGACCCGCGGGCCCACCCGCAGACGGGAAUUCACUCCAGCGGGAUCGAUAUGCAAAAAUUCCAACAUCAACAAAUUGCUUAUAUAGUAGCGGAACCGGGAGAUGUUGAAGAAGCCCCUUCUUCCCCUUCUCCAGGGGGAAGCUCAAGGUUCAUGAGACUUGGAGGUGGACAGCCCCCUGCCAAGCUACACCGACUGAAACCGGAGUUGGCGACUCGACAUGGACUGUUGCCCGAUUGGCGACCUGCUUUUACGGCAGAUGCUCAGUAUCCGGAUGGAAGCAUCGGUCUCUCGCAGCCCUGGAACCCGGAUCAUGAUUUCCCUGAAUACGAGAGGCUGAAAGAAUCGCUAUAGAGCCCGCAACUUCGGCAGCGAUUACAUCUCACGCAUGACCUGCGUCAGGACAGCCUUGACCUCGGCAAGCUCGGAGCUCGCUUCUACGCCGCUCUUACCAUUGGCCGUCCGCCAAUUCGAAACAGCAAUUCUGACGGCACCCACCCUGUCCCAACUCGUGAUCGUGACAAAAAUUCUCCUCGUCUCAUUGAUCGCCUUGACCAAUCGAGCCGCUGAACCAGGGUCAGAAGGAGGAUACCGCGAUCCUUCUUUGCCACGGAAGAGGACAAUAUUGAGCGGUACAGUCCUUUCGCCUGGCGAUGUGGUGCCGUUUACGAGCUCGUACCAUUCUCCCCCUGCCUGCGCGUCUUGUAACCACUUGGCUAUGCAGUUGGCGAAGUCACAAU